CCGCUCUACCUCUUCACUCCUGCAAAAAUGUUCUACGUACUUUUUGUUGUGAUUCUUUUCUUAGUUCUCUUACUGAUACUUCGCACUGUAUAUGUUCUGAAGAAAAAAAGAAAUCAAGGUUCUUUGGACAGGAGAAAGUCAGCUAAAGUAAUGGUGGUUGCCGGCUCAGGUACACUUAUCCAGAAGUACCACAAGUGCUUUUCCUUCGCAAAUAUGAAUUAGCUAAUUAGCAGAAUUUUUGUUUUAAUUUUUAUUUAUAUUUAAAAUGAACAUGGAUUCUAGAGAUGAAUGUGUCUGCAUGUAUGUGUAUUUCGAUCACAGCCAGCUUAAGCGCAAUUUCUCCUUGGAUUGAUCAUUUGAUACAAUGGUGGCAAGAUUCCGCACAGUCCCAUAUUUAGUAUGCAUUAAUAUUUCUUGGAUAAAAAGGGCAAUGGCAAUAGGUUGCCUUUGUGACUACAGCUUUGUUUAGAGGUUGUACGGAAAUCUACCCCAUUCUCCUCAAAAUUUGAGGAUGAGAACUAAAAAAUUACCUAAUAGAAAAUGUCCUCUUUUUCUUUAUCGCCUUCCUUUCAAAGAUAUUUUUUUAUCAACAUUAACAAUACCUCCAUUGUUAUGAAAUAGGUUGUUGUUCAUCGUGGUAGCUGGAUGAUGAUAUAAAUUUGUUCUGUUGUCUCACGACAAAGUCACUAGAUGAAGCUGAAGAUGCAAUCUACAUCUAGUAACUUGGUUGUGAGACAAAUUAUAUCAUCAUUACAUCCAUUAUUUUGAUAUAGCGUCAGAUUCUUAUAAAAGGCCAAAAAAAAAAAAAAAAAAAAGUAUAGUCAGCUUUUGGGAGAGCCAGUUAUCAGAUUAGGUUUUGAAAAGCUUAUAUUUACACUCAGAACUUGAUCCAGUGGCUCAGAUGCUCUACUAUUGUAUUAUAAAUGAUUCAAAUACAUUCAUGAUAAGUACUAAAAGUAAGAAUUUAAGGGGUAAGUUUUAAAAAAAACUGUGGUGGCCUGUAUUGGUAAGGGAUAUUACAGGAUAAUUUGGCUUUAUCUACCAAGUUGAUAAUGUAAAGAUCACUGUAAAGAUUUUCUAAAGCUGAUGUCUCGAGUGCGAUAAUGAAGGGCUAACACUCACAAAAUCAGCUUUGUAAACUCUUUAUGGAGUCCGGGUUACAUACAUGAACUUUAUCAACACAGUUGAUAGGACCCUUUUAUCUAGAUGAUUAAGCCUUCACUCUCCCUCUGUCUUCCAAAUUGAUCAUGUUUUCAUUUUUGUAGGUGGUCAUACUUCAGAGAUGCUCAGACUUAUGGGCUCACUGUCUUCUUGUUAUCAACCAAGGAUCUAUAUUGUUGCUGAGACUGAUAAAAUGAGUGAAGACAAGAUUAAUAGUUUUGAAAAAUCUAAGAAGAAGGAAGAUGAGGAUAAAUCAGGGGUACAUGUUAACACCUCUCCAUAAUUCUCUCUCUCUCUCUCUUCUUAAAGUUAAGUUUUCAUAUUUUUUUAUUGAAUGAAAAUUGACACACAUUUUUCUUUCCUAAGACUCUUUCCUUUACUUCUUUUCACAGUUCAAAAUAGUUAAAAUUCCCCGAAGUAGAGAAGUGCAUCAAUCAUGGCUUUCUUCAAUCUUUACAACUUUGAAUGCCUUGACUUUUUCAUUUCCUGUUGUAUUGCAAGAGAAACCAGAUUUGGUGAGUACAUAUAAAUAUUUCCUGCCAUUGAAUAAGAUUUCCUGUUCAAGCAAAGAGGCUUUGUCACAUUUGUCACUUCCUACAUUCCUGGCUGUAAAUGCUCCUGAUUUCAAUGUGGUCUGUUUUGGCAGCAGUCCAGGCUUUCCCUGCUCUUCACCUAACCCUUUGACACUAAAUUCUCCUUAAAAUAUCACCCUUUGAAUCCCAUUAAGGUCACAAGAAUAAAGGAAAUGAUCACCAACUAAAGAAGGUCUUGAUUGUGAAACAGAUUCUCCUUGUCAGCACCUUAGGAAAUGUAUAGAGAAAAGUGUGGAGAAUAUGCAUACUGAUGUUUGGGUGUAAAAGGUUAACAAUCAAGCUAUCCAGUAUGUUUGAAUAUUCUUCUUAUUGUAAUGCGCAGAGAGGAACCACUGAGUGCCUUUGUCUCAGGUUUUUUUUCUUUGUAGAUUCUUUGUAAUGGUCCAGGAACAUGCAUUCCAAUUAAUGUAGCAGCAUUUGUGUUAAAAGUAAGAAAACUUUGUUUUACCUCUACUUGUGUUAUUUGUCAAUAAGAGGAUGUAAUUUUUGUGAUAACAAGUAAUUUAUACUUUCUCUUGGAAAUUCUUGAAUGUAGUGAAAUGUUGAGUAGGAAGCUGUGAAUCAAAAUUUUUUUUUAACGUUUAGUAGUCAGCAUACAACUAAACAUUGUUUUGGACUGAUAGUAAAAUCAUCUUGGUUUUGUGUUUUUGUUUGUUUUUUUCCAGAUUUUUGGUGUAAGGGAUAUUACGAUGGUGUUUGUUGAGAGCAUUUGCAGAGUAAAGACAUUAUCACUAUCUGGGAAAAUCAUGUACUGCUUUGCAGAUUAUUUUAUUGUUCAAUGGCAACAGCUCCAAACAAUUUUUCCCAAGUCCAUUUACCUUGGACAGCUGGUGUAGUAGUGUGAAGCCUUCAUUUAACUAAAGGCUGGGACUUGUGAUGACGGUACCAUACUUGUAACAGAAUUAUACAAAUUAAAUUAUAUUUAUAAGUUGCUAAAAAAUGGAAACUGUCAGUAGUAAAUUUAUUGGUGAAUUGUAAUAUUUGAAAAAGCUAAUACCAAUAGGGGAAAAUAAACUUAUGCUAAUGCUGUUGUACUUGAUGCACUUCAGGGUCACUUGGUAAGCCUCGGUGUAUCCCUUUUCACUCCUCUGCGCCCAAAAGUUGGUAGGCUGGAUUCUGGGUUGAAACACAGCAGGGUCACAGUUUUGUAUUCUUGAGUAUAUUUGAAUCACACAGUACCUCUCUUUAUGCAGAGGUGUAAAUGGGUACCAGUCAACUGUCCACAGGUGGUAGGGGUAUUGUAUGUCUCAACUUUGCUGAUACAUUGAGGCCACUUUAUUGGACAUUUUUGAACUAAUAUCUUCAUUGACUCAGUAAUUAUAACAAAACUAUUAUCUGAUAAGAAGCAACAGGCUCCCUAAGAACAAUUGUGAUUAUGAGAAAAGAAAAGCUAACAAAUUGGGGAAAUUUAUCCAUUCAUUCCUCGAGCUGGUGGUGUGACAUGUCAAUUUUUCACGUUUCUAAACUAAAAAAAAAGAAAAUCUUUGAAAGGAUUGAUAGGGAAAGGGAAAGAAAAGGGUAGAGCCUAAGAAAGGAUGUCCUUUGGCUGUCGUCAUAAAAAUUUUAUUUUUCCUCCACUCCAAUCCACUGUUGAAAACGGAAGCCACUUUAUCCUAUAAGCUUUUGUUUGCGUGACUGACCGGAAAUGCCAAAUCUCUAAGGAUGCGGUCCCUUCCAAAUUUGGCAGACGAUCGAUGACGUAUAGCUUCCCUUUCAACUUCAGCGGCUGAAAGAAGUUGCUGACCAAGCGGUGUUGAAUCAAAUAAUUUUUUUAUACAUUGCCUCCCCAUAAACACCACAAGACGGCGUCUAUUGGUAAGUAAGUGAGUGUAGAUCUAUUAGCACCGGUAAUGAUGCGUGUGUGAGUUUUGGCUUGUUUACGUGAUCGCCACAGCUGGGUUUAUGAAUUGGCACCGUAGCAGGAAUAGAAAUUGGGAAAGCUCUAAAAUAUUGAAAGCUAACUUCAGCGUUAUGUUCCGCAUUUGUGUUACUGUGGACAUUUCGAUUUCGAAACGUACAGAUGCAAUUAAUUUCUUUAAUUAUGUGUUUAAGAUGGCUGUCGUAUUUUUCGCCUUAAAAUAAGCUUGUCAAUCUAAAAUAUUUUUUGAAGUAGAUAGUCUAAGCAAGCUUGUGGUCUUAAACUGAACCGGGUUUUUCGCUCAAAGUGAUGGAUCAACGUUAUAUUUGAACUCGAUAUCUAACAGCCUACCCACAACAAAGAGUGUUUGUGUCAGAAAUUGUUGCACAAUCGCUUGCUUAAUUUAUUAUCAGUUCUGUGUGAGCGUUUGUCGUAUUUCGAUAUGAUUACAGUUUGAAUUAACACAGUUGGUGGUCUGAUCACGUUUAAAGUAAAUUUUUGAAAAUAAUUUCGAUAGGCCAUUAAUUUAGCUAAAUCCUUACUCUGUGUUUAUUGUAUUCCAUUAACAUACCCUUUUUUAUCUGAAUACGAAAUUAUUAUAAUUUUUUUAAGUACGAAAAUAUUUGUGUUUUUUUUAAUCUGGGAUAAAUUUAAACUUGCAUUCCGCACCAACAAGCAUUUCCGCUGCAAUUGGCCCUGAUCACGAAUUUAGGGAAAUCAAAAUCACGAACCUGCCUUGGUCGGCGAAAAAUAAAUUUUUUUUCGUAGUUCACUAUUUAUUGAUUCUUAAAGUUCUGCAUGUGAUAAUUGAGAUCUGCUACUCUCUACACUUAAAGACAGGCUAGUCAUCUUUUAACUUUAUACAAUCUGCAAGUAUAAACUUGCCCACCAUUCAUGAUAAAGAAUACAUGACUACAAUUUUGACACCAAAUUUUUCUGUUUAAGAGAUGUGUAGAUCUUGGUGUAUUUCCACGUGCCAAUUGCAUUUCAAUAUUUUAUAACCUGUAAAUUUGAAUAAGCUGAUUGUAUUUGCAAAUUAUCUGUAUUUGCUGAAAUAUUUACGAUUUUUGGUGUUCAUAAGAGGUCAGUUCCUAAAGAGUCCACAAUCCCCAUGAUAGCAACAAGCAAUGCUUAGAUCCAAAGGUUUGUAUUUUUGACAUUUACAGAAAUCCAUCGACCCGUAUGUUGAUCUUUAAACAAACAAAUGUUAAGUAAACAUUUUAAAUAAGAUCACAGCUGUAAGUUCAGCUUGUAUUGAUUGAGGGUAAGAUUCUGUCAGUGGUAAUGAACUACUUUAAGGUUUUAACAAUCCACAAGAAAAUAUAUCAUGUUUUUCUGUUGGAUUAAGCUAUUUCUUAAUCUUAGUACUCUCAACAAAAUAGAGAAGUGAUAAUUUUGUCAGAAAUUACAUCUGUGUUAAGUAUGUUUUUGAAGAAGUAUUCGUGACUAAACAUUACAGUGAGCAAGACUUCAAUACCUAUUUGAUAUUUCUCUUCAAACUGUAGGCUUUAUUAGUUUAGAGUAUUAUUUCUUAGUUUCUCAGAUGCUCUGAACACAACUCUUAAAUUUCUAGCAAGUGUAAGCCCCUAAGAGUGACUAGCAUCUAAUUUUUCUUUACAAUAUCACUACUGAAUCACACAUUAAUGUCAUGAGAAUAAAGGAAAUGAUCACCAACUAAAGGAACUCUUUGACUGUAAGACAAAUUCUCCUUAUCAGCACCUUAGUAAAUGUACAGAGAGGGGUAUGGAGAAUACAAAUACUGAUGUUAGGGUGUAAAGGGUUUAAUGGGGAUCCUCAGUCUUAGUUGUGCAUGUUUUUCUCCUCUUCUCCCAGAAAAGAAUUAAAGUGAGCUCAAAUUUUUCUGUUUUUCAUUUUGUUUAAGAAGCAGGGAACAUAGCAUUAAAAGCCCAAAUACAGGAUAGUUAGGGUGUAUAAACCUGGAAAUAUUUUGUUCUUUAAAUACUAAAUUUGUAUUAUUUUAUAUGAGUCACAAUUUCCAACUCUAUUUCAUUGCAUUUCUCCUUCUAAAGACUUAAUUUCUUGUCACCUUUUUGGAACUUUUUUGAUGAAAAUUUCACUGUAACUUGCAAAAUAACAAUCCCUAUUAAAAUUAUUUUAUUUAUAUUUGUCUUUUUGGGGAAACCCUCAACCAAAAACUAAAAUGCAGUUUAAAAUGGUCACACUGUAAAAAGAUGAAGCUAAUGAUGUGGAUUGAGUAAAAAACAACAACAAGGCAUGCAACAACAGCAACAACAUCAGAAAAAAAAUUAAAUAUUGUUACAAUGAAAUCACAUGGAAUCAUGUGCAUGCUUUAUCGAAAGACCAAAACUAUACAGAGUAAUCAUAUUAUUUUCUUAAUUAUAUCAUGAUAUUUCUACUACUUAUUUUGAUUGGUUUUUAUGAUUGAUUGGUUUUUAUGAUCUAUUGAAGGACAGACAUAUUUUGGCUUUUUGAUGAGGCAAAUAGAUUGGGUUUUAGGAUCUAUAUCAGUGACAAGGACUGAGACAUAUUUUGUUUGUACUAUAUUUUGAUGUCAUCAGGGCUGUGAUCUAUUUCAGAACAUACGCAUAUAUGGUAACACUGAAUUAAUUUCCUAAACACAUACACUAUCAAAAAAACUCUAUUUUUUGUUGCCUACAGUACAUACUGUACUGUAGAUUACACCUUUUCUCUAGAUAGAUUGUGCCUGAUCUUUCCUUCUUUUCCCUCUACACUGUAGAUUCCCGUCCUCUUCACAGAGGCUCCCCAAUGGCUUCACCCCACAGAAACUCUCCUGUAUCCUUUGCACAUAGCCCUUACCAAAGUGAAAGUGACAGCAGCAUUGCUAGACGACAGUAUCUUUUUGCUGAUGUUGCGCACAGCAAGGAUCUGGUCACUGCCCUGAAGUCAUUGCGUGGAGAUGAGGACUUGUGUGAUGUAGUACUGAAGGUGGGCAGUACCAGUAUAUCAGCUCACAGAGUUAUCCUGGCUGCAAGUAGUCCAUAUUUCAAAGCUAUGUUUACUGGUGAGUCAUGCUUAAUAUGGUAAAUUUUGCUAUCAAAGGUUUCAGUUUAAGGUCAUCUGCUUCCUCUAUACCACUUCACACAAUCAUCUAUGCUGGGCAAGGUGCCAGAGUUGCUGAUAAACCUUCCACUGUGUUCUCUCAGGAAAUUGAAAUAGCUUUGCUUGCCUUAUUAACUGGGAACUUGAUCUCCAAAUUAUUGCUUUAUUUUGCCUUAAGAAAUAGACUGAAUAAAUGAAAGGGGUAUAAGGGAACACAAGAUAUUGUUCAGCUGUGUUCCAACUGUCAUCUGGUAACUUGGGUAAUUCACUGCUCAGUUGUUUAAUAAUUGCAUAUACAAGGUAUUUCUCAUAAUUUUCUUGGAAUGCAUGCCCUCUUGCUGCCCUCAAGAUUCUGGCAGUCCUUUAGAGCCCCCUUGUAUAGUCGUCUUGUUUUAUCUUUGGUAAACUCCUAUUUGUGUAUAUGUAGGUAAUGACAUGAUUUUGAUUUCAAUUUGGUGCAAAUAAACACUAGUAAAUUUUUCAAAGACAACAAAAUUGCACAAGCCCAUAGGGUGAGUGCAAUUUGUAGUCUCUUAGUAGUAGUCUGCUACUAAAUUGGUGCUUGACAUAUUCUGUCGCUAAGUGCAGUUGUCUGUGACAGGGUUUCCUCAUUCACUCUGAUGAAGGGCCAUUGCUUGAAACGUCUGCUUUGAAACUCUUUGCAGUGGCCAAUUUACCUGAUCAACUCAGUUCAUAAAACCAAAAUUAUCUAGUUAUACUCUUCCACCGACGCAGCACCACAGUUUCUUGAGACACUUAUCCACAUUAUUUAUUAGUUUGGAGUAAUUUGCUUCAGUUUGAUGUAAUUUGGUGUAGUUCAGUGCUACAGGGUAAUUUAGUAUUAUCAACUGAGUUGAUAACGUAAAUUGGCAACCGUGGAGAGUUUAAAAGCUGACAUUUCGAGCGUUAGCCCUUUGUCAGAGCGAUAGUUAAUCAUGGUUAGUUCGGUUUUCAAAGGUUGCUGUAGUUUGCUGUGGUUGCUUUAGUUCGAAGAAUAACACCAUUAUUUUUAGGUUUAUCAACUGAGUUGAUCAUGUAAAAUGGCCACCGUAAAGAGUUUCAAAGCAGACGUUUCUAGCAUUAGUCCUUCGUGGGAGCGAAUGACCAAUUCGGUGGCCAAUUUACGUUAUCUAGUUACCCUGUUAUACUCUCCCCCCGACGCAGCACCAUAUUUUUUGUUUAAUUUUUUUUUAACUUAGCCCUUUGUUCAUUUGAAAUUCCCAUCGUUUAUGCAUUCACAGGAGACCUUUCAGAGAGUCGACAAAGCACAGUCACUUUACAAGAACUUGAUGAAGGUGCCAUGGAGGCCAUAGUGGACUUCUUCUAUACUGGCGAAAUCGAUAUCUCAGAGAACAAUGUCCAGGAACUUUUACCAGUGGCUUGUCUUCUACAAGUGCAGUCCGUACAAAAAGCUUGUUGUGAUUUCCUGGAAAGACAGCUGAGCACAGAGAAUUGCCUCGGUGAGUUUUUUCACAAUAGUAUCAUUAGUGACAUGGCAAGUAUUUUGCUUGCCUUAAAAAAAAUUGGUCUGGGAGAGUUUGAGUUGUCGUUUUAUUGGAAUGAUAGAAACAUUCUGCAAACAUGUGGGUUUCAUACUUAAUGUUGAGAUCUUUAACCUUGUACAUCCUCACAUCAGAAUGCACAUUCUCCAUACUGUUCUCCAUACUGUUCUCCAUACAUUUCCAAAGAGGCUGACAAGGAGAAUUUUUUAACAAUCAAGAGCUGCUUUAGUUGGUGAUAAUCUCCUUUAUAUGACUUUAUGUUUGAUUCAGGGGUGAUAUGGUAAUGAGAAAUUAAAUGCCAGUCACUCGCAGGGGCCAAACUUUUUCUUCAAUUAGCUACCACUGAGAGUCAAAUCUCCACCGGUGACGAUUUGAUUCUGACGUUAUGUGUAGCUUGGCGUAUGAAGCUUAAAUCAAAUGAAAGCUAAGAUGUAGUAUAUUGCGACAUGAAACGCGCAUACAAAUAGAGCGAAGUUUACAGAAACGGACUUGGCGUCCUCUCUAUGUUUUAUAAGCACCAAGAAUGUUGACGCAACUUUUAACAUGAGUUUCGUUUUUUAAGAACCCAAUUCAUAAUCAAACCUCUAUAUAUUUCAUAGCUCGGAUGCAAUUGGAUGAUCGACCACAAUGAAAAUUUCCCGAAUUUAGAUGGCAAAGAAAAUGUCGCACUAAGCGCGCAAUGCCUUGUGGUUGACUAGGAUCCUUUAACAUCAAUCGUAUGCAAGUUUUCCAUAAUGUUCUUCAUACAUUUCACGUGGCACUUGCAAUGAGAAUUUGUUUAACAAUCAAGAGCUUCUUGAUUUUGUAACUAUUACCUUAAAUGGGAGAAAUUAGAUGUUUAUCACUCUUAAAGGGUUCAGGGAACGAACCGAAUCAGAGGAAGCUAAUGACACAAAUUCUAUCUUCGUUGUUGGCUCUUAGGGAUCAGCGCCUUUGCGGAUCGUCAUAAUUGUACAGAUUUGAUGACGUCCUCCGAAUCGUUUGCCCGAUAUUACUUCCUUGAUGUUGUUCAGAGUGAAGAGUUCAUGGAAAUAUCCUCCAAGCAGCUUACACGACUUUUGCGUGAUGAUACGUUGAACACUCAGUCUGAAGAGAGAGUCUUUGAGGCUGUUUUAGCUUGGAUCAAAUUUGAUUUGGAUGGGAGACAGGUGUGUACAUUUAAAUGACUUGCUUUAAGGUUAAAGUUGCUUGGUAACUUUUGUAAACUGUACUAGAUUAUACUAAUAUACUAGACUAUACUAAUGGCCAGUGGCUAGAUUGUUUGAAUUCUGAAUAGCACCCUAACAUCAGUAUGCAUAUUCUUGGCUAAUGAGCAUGUUGAUAUAUUUGCAUGCAUGUUGUUGAGAAAUUCGUGUGUCGUUUAAAAGUUGCCGCAGUUUGAAUUGUAAACACAAAAGUAAGCAAAAUAGGCCAUGUUCAAUAGUUUGUGGCUUAUUCCGUGUUAUAUUAAGAGUAAAAUAAGAAGUAAUCGCAACUUGGCAAUUUACAUUUUUUACCUCCGCAGGCAGUUUGCUUGUUUUUUAGAUCGAAAUGUGAUAUAUUUUCGACUGGCAGUUGUGAUUACUUAAGUUUUGGCCUAUGACACAAUCGAAAAGUAUUGUCUCUUUCUAAGAAGCACAUGUUAAUCCAGAUCAGAUAAAAAAUAAUUGGUCUUCGUUACAGAGUACAGACAUGAAUGUAACAGUAAAUGUGAGCAUUAAGUACAUAACAUGAAUCAAUACCUAUAAGUUGUAAUAGUCGGUAAUCGGGGUUGUUCCUUUGUCUUUUCGUUUUGAUUUUUAGAAAUUUGCUGCUGAAAUCCUGAGCAAUGUGCGGUUUCCUACGCUGUCACCGGAAUUCUUAAUGGAUAGAGUUGCAACAGAGGAAAUUGUUAGAAACAAUAGGGCUUGCAGGUAAAAUCCAUCUUUUUACGUAGAGUAUUCUUCAUAAAAAGUAUGAUGUAAACAUCUGUCGGACAAGUACCUCACGAAAUUCGAACCAUAGCCUAGGACUAGGCCCUCAUUAACAGCGCUACACUACGCGCGUUUCUCCGCCCGCGGGAAGAUUUAAGAAGAGAAGGGAUUGGUUUGCUGGGGAUCUGGCACUAACUAUGGUUUACUGUCAGUCCUCUCGACGGCUCGCAUUGCUCAAGGCCUCAUACUUUCCCGCGGGCGAGAAAACGCUCGAGCCGCAUCGAUAAUAAUUAAAAAUUAUUCCACGAGUGCGCGUUGGGUAUGAGUUGAUAGAUAGCGGGUCGGGUUGGCUGUAAUCAUCUUAUAUCCAAUAAGCGGACUUCUUCUAUAUGAAAACCUGCUAUGUACAGCUGUUUCGAGAAAAGUUAUCAGGAAGAAAGGUAUAUUUAAGAAAAUGAACAACACUUUUAAUAUAAAGUAGUAACAGAACAAUGUAUGCAUUUACAAUAAUGUUACUAUUUUUAUUUCAAAAGUGUCUUUCAUUUUCUUAAAUUCGUUACAUUUCUACUUCUAUCCAGAGAAAAAAGGUUUACAAGUGCACGCGACAACACUGAAAGGUAUUGUAAGUAGUUUUCAGUUCACGGUUCCUUGACCUCAAGAUUUGAAGGAAAUUUGAGAAAAUGCCCCUGUAACGACGGGACAUCGCGAGUUUAAAGAAUUUAAACGUUCAUUUAUUCGAUUUUUGAAAUUUACUGAUUACCGUUUACCCAGAUUACCUUUGCAUAUUUUCGAGUGCACUUUUGUCCUUUUUUCCGUCGACCUUUCUCGAAACAGCUUUAUACAUCGUAAAUGUGCGUCAUUAAAUAUGAGGUAUGCAUCGUAGGACAUCUAUGAACAACGCUUUUGCAAAGGCUCAUUUUCUUUGCAUUUAUUAUUCGUCGAAAUUUUAUUCAGUAACCAUAAUUUCCUUUAGAGGAGGUACAGCAUAGAAGAUUACGAGCCAAUUUCAAUCGCUUAACCAGUUUGCGUUGAAUUGCGUCUCAAAGGCGCAGGUUUUUGACGAGUGUUGGUCGCUAUGACAAACGCGGUCUCAUCCAAAGACUUCGAUCUCGUCAGCUUGAGACGAGAUGCCUUUGUUAAGUCUUUGUUAUCAUUUGUUAAUUGUAUUGUCCUCUCGGUCGGUUUUUCUCUUUUUCUAUCGAAGCACGUUCAAUCUGCACCGUGACAGUUCGAGUGUCAGGUUGAAAUACGUCACAUAAGUUUUUAUAGCUUGUUAAAUGCGGAUAUGACAUUCUUCUUUCAAUUACUGCCACAUCUUGUCCUCUACGCACGAUAGAUGGACGAAUCCAGUAUCCACGUGUCUCCGCUGCCCAAGAUUGUGACCGCACGAAGCGUUUAGCUCUUUUGGUGUCAGAAAGCUCACCCAUACUUACAGACUCAGAGAAGUCAUGGGGCCGCCUCGCGUGACGACCUGUGUGAACCUUUGACUGAAUUUCGUGAGGUUUUCUGAAGUUAAGUAGGUCGAGUACAGCCUCCCUGUGUCUUCUGUGUCUGUAGAAAUAAAGCUUAGGAUUUACGAUAGAGUUCAGUUGAAAGACAAUUUCUGCCCAUCGGAAAACGGAGUUCGCCCGCAUAAAAGGCGAAAUUGGCGAAAAAACGUGUGCAAUGAUUAGAGGUACACUCAAAAUUAGAAGGUCAGCUGUUAAGAGAAACACAGUGAAGGCAAUUCUGCUUUCUUGCCUGGCCUUGAUCAGAGCAUCUACUUGGCUGAUUUGGCGUCGGUUCCCUUUUCGUAUUUCAAUAUAAAUCUUGAAGUAAAAAUACAGUUUCAGAAUCUCGCCAAUGAACCAGACAAUGCUGAAGACGAUGUCCAGAACGUGAAAGGCCUGAUCAGAAACACCAGCUGCUUGUAAUGCGAUAUACAAUGUAGAUCCUGUGAAGGCUGCUAUCCAAGCGAGUACCGCGAAUCUCUUUAAGCGUCGUUUUGUAACUAUACAGUUGUACUCCAUACAUUUUACAAUCGCGACAUACCUCUCCCAACCUAAUAAAAUUAAGUGAUAGUACGAAGCAGCAUAACCACUGUACAUGACUAAGACAGUUAUGUCAACCAUAGAACAUGUAAUAUUCCGCUCCAAUACAGUUCCUUGUAGGAUUAUCGCAUCAGUAGUAAUGGCCAGUGGCGUAGAAACUGCUCCCUCUAGGAGAUAAGUGGCGGCCAAACUAGUGAUUAGAAUGUUACAUUUCUUUCGGCGUAAAUCGUUAGUUUUCAGGAUUGCUACGAUCACUAAGAUGUUUAAAAAAAUGGUAAAUAGACAAGUGACGGCGGCGACGGCGAUUGCAAGCUGAAGGGAAGUUUUUUCCUCCAAGUCCCAGACGUGAUGCGGUGCACUUGGACAAAUGAAUACUGUUCGGGGGACGUUUAUGAGCGAAUUUCCAGCGAUACUGGCAUUCAUAUUAAUGACCCCCCAGUGCUGAUGGCUAGGUACUUUGCAGCUAGCUCUAAAGCAUUCGUUGCUUGUCGCAACUGAUUGCGAGAGAACUUUUGUUGAGAAGGCUUUUUCAAGUCUCAUUUCCGACGACCAAGAUCGAAGGUGUUGGAAAGAAAUUUCCUCUCGAGGAUGUUGUCGCGUUUUAUAUGCAAGAAAGAAUAAUGCUCCGGCGAUGAGAAGUUUGCUGCCAAUUAAACAAUUUCAUUUAAGAGUUUCUUCCUUCCCUCUUAAGUGUGUUUUUAGAUUAAUUUUUUUUACGUAAAAAAAAGAAAAUCAGGUCUUGCUCAUUUUCAGUGAAAUCCUGCAAAAAUAUUGGUAAAUUUCUCAUCAGUUAAAAACUGACGAAACUGAUUUCGGUUAGCAGCAAUGGCCAGUAGCGUAGAAACUGCUCCCACUAGAACUAGGAGAUCAUUAGCGGCCAAACUAGUGAUAAGAAUGUUGCGUUUCUUUCGGUGUAAAUCGUUGGUUUUCCGGGAAAUUGGUUCCUCUAAGUCCUAGAAAAACUGCGAUACACCAUAACAAGCCAACUCUGAUCGGGAGGUGUUAAUGAGAGAAUCUCCAUAGAUCUCAUUCUCGUGUUGACCGCGAGAACGGAACCUGAAGGAUUCAUAGCUUAUUGGAAAAUUGUUGCAAAAUCAGCUGUUUACUCUUUUUGAAAAAUCCCUUUCAAAAGAACCAUUUGCGAAGACGGAAGUCACAGAUGUUUUAGGUGAAAUUUUCUUGGAAGUGAAUGAAAUGCUAGCUCAUCGAUGAGAAAUUACAACAUUGGUGAAGCUAAUCAGCGUAAGAAUUUUUCGUAGUUUUCUUUAAAAAAGGGAUUUUAUGCUCAAAAGGCAAAUAAGAUUCUACUCACCAACCCCUUAAUAAAGAGUGUAUUUCAGUAAUUUCAUUAAAUUCAUUGUCUUCACUCCAGAGAAACAAAUCGGGAAGACUUUUGUAAAAAGCGUCCUUGCAUAUAUCUUGACGAAAAUUUUAUCGUAUUUGAGUAAAGGAAAUAUACACUUGCGGCACUUGUGUAAAGUUUCGAACAUCAACGGAAGGUCUCCCACUAUUUCUGGGGGAUUUACACACUAUAAAAAUUCAUAUUCUUUAUCGAUUCGUUUAAAAUGUUGAAUUAAUUAGAGUUCAGUAGCGCUGUGAAAAAUUGGCUUUACCUGAUGUUCGAUUUAAAACACGCCACAAUUAUUAGUCACACCUCAGCUCAUUAUCCGUUUCUUUAGGAUGUGAACGACAGAGCAAUAACAUGCACAUUCUCUCGCGAUGAUAGGUUUAUUGUUUGGGAUUUAUUUAUUAUUUCUGCAAAUAAAUAAAUAAACCAUUUCACUUCCAAAAUCUGACUCAGUACUUUAUUAUACGACAGUUUUGGUCAACAUGGCGAGCAGGAAAAAGAUUUUGUUUUAAAGAUGCAGCCAAAGUCGGAAAUUUGGCGACUUGUGCUUGGUGGUAGCUAUAGGAAGUUAAGUGGUCCGUAAAUAGUGGAACGUAAAGAUGCGAAAUAAUCCUUUUUAAAAUAUGUUUUUCUAUUACGAUUGUGUAACACUAGUACAAAGUGGGUCGCCGCUCUCGUUCAAGAGAGAAAGAGGUCGGAUGUGCCCCUCUGGCGCGCUAUUCAUGGGCGAAAACUAUGCGCAUUAAGCAAGCGCUAUUUGGUAACAAGGAAAAACGGUGAGGAAUUGACAAUUUAACCGAUUUUGUAUCUUGAUCAACAGUGAUCUCCUGCUGGAAGCUGCCGAAUGCCUUCUCCUCCCGAAAAGGAAAUCACAGAUACAUAGUCAUAGAGUUGUGCCCAGGCGACCCACUACAGUAAACCAUGUACUGUAUGCUAUUGGUGGAAUGAGCCGCAGAGAGGCCAGUAAAAGUGGGGAAAAGUAUGACCCACGAGAGAGAAAAUGGAAAACUAUCGGUAAAGUUUAUAGCUCCUAUUUCUUUCUUUCUUUCUUUCUCCGUCCCUCCCUACUUUUCUGUCUAUCCGUCUGUCUGUAUGUCUUGUCUUAAUUCCCUCUGGCAUUAAUUAGAAUCAAACUGAAAAAAAAAGUAAAUACGAAAUAUUUUCCGAGUGUUUACACAUCAAAACUCACAUUUUCCAAAAAAAAUUAAAAUUUUUAUCCUUUUUCGCCUCCUGUGUACUGUACAUGGUUCUGGACUGUACAAGUCUCAUAAUGUGAGGUGGCCCCAAAACAGCUUCUUCAUGAUUUGUUUAUCGUGGAAAAUUGUGCUAGGUAUAAUUUUCCAACUUCGUAAUUUGCGGACCUUGUCGUUGUCCUCCAUCCUCGACCGACAUGGCUCCCUUUUGCUCCCCUGUUUGUUUGUUCGUCUGGUUAUUAAACGCAUUCAUUUGAUAUUUUGUGGUUUCUUUCGAAUGGAAGUUAGCUGUCUGGUAAUAGAUUAAGGCUUCUUUAAAACCUCGUCACUUUGGAGAGCUCAACAAGUAUUUUUCUGGUCUUCUUCUCUUAGGUGACAUGAACAUUUGCCGCUGGGGUGCUGCGGUAGGUGCUUUAGGUCCAUUUCUUUACAUCUGUGGUGGCAGCGAUGAUGCAUCGCGACUGGAGACAGUGGAAAGGUUCGAUCCAUUUUCUAAUGUCUGGGUACCGUCUGUCCCAAUGUCGUCCAGUCGUAAUGGUGUUGGUGUAACGGCAGGAAAUGGGAGAAUUUACGCUAUAGGUGGGUUCUAUAGAGGAAUCAAGGUUGACCUCUUACAACUAGUUCCGGUUGUUCGAAGGUUGGAUGACGCUUUCCAAUAGAUAAAUCUUUAUCAGGUAGAUAGGGCAGUACGUUUUGGUAACACUUAUCUGUUGGAUAGCGAUUUAUCUGUUGGAUAGUGUUAUCUGUCCUUUGAACAACUCGUCUCUGAUUGAUAACGUUAAAGAUUAAGAAUCGCGUCUGGCUAUUCUGUUGUUACGCAGACAGUGAGUGUACACCACAUGAAUAUGUUUAGAAUAUAGCUCAGCGAUGUGUGCUUCGUGUAAUCUAUUGUGUCGCUUGGAAAGGUGAGAAACGCUGUGCUCUUAUAGUCAGUGCGCUGGGCUUCAGGUCGAGAGGUGAGGGUUUUGGGUCAAGAGGUGAGGGCCUCUCUCCACUUGCAGGUUUCGGUAUAGGCGAAUGCCAGGAAAGUGUUAUUGAAAGCUGACGAAUUUUUGGGGUAAGGUAACCUUUUUUGAACUGUUAUUCCAUUCAGGGGGGAGUCGCAAUGCCGCGCAAACAAAAUAAGCUUAUUCCAGUGGGACGAUUGGGCUUGGAGGCUUGAAAUGUGUCUCUUGAGAAGUGCCAUCGCUUUUUUUUCGGGCUCUUUCUUUUUUUUUCGUCAUCAGUUACUUGUUUUCCCAAGCCUGUAACCACCCUCUUCUUCCAAGAUUGUGAGAAUGUUACAAAACUUUACUUGGUACGUUUUCAUAAAUUCUUGUGAACGUCUAUAUUUUGCGUUUCUAGGUGGUUUUGAUGGCUCGAUGCCGCUGAACACAGCCGAGUAUUAUGACCCCAAGAAUGGAAAGUGGAUGGAGAUUGCUCGUAUGAACCAGUGUCGGUUUGGUGUGGGGUGUGCUGUAAUGAAUGAUGUGGUGUAUGCUGUUGGAGGCUCCGAUGGAACAAAUCUUAGAACUGUGGAAAGAUAUGAACCAGUCACAAACACAUGGAUGAUGGUCGCAUCCAUGAGUACAGCAAGGUGGGUUUGAUAACUUGAUUUAGCUCACAUAUUUUAAAACAGUAUUCGUCAAAUAAAGUAUAGAAUGAACAUUAGUUAAAUUAUCUUGCCUGGGAACAAAAAUGGCGUUUAUUCCGCACUACUAUUAAGUCGUCCGUUUCGUUCCCAAAACUGUCUUUCGCACGAGUGACAAUUUCGCAGAGUAUUAGAUUUGAAUACCGUGACAUAUUAUGAAACGUUGCCAUUUACAUGUUACUGAUUGUUACGUAGACAUAUUCGGUAUUACGAGAAAAAUGUUCAAUGGCCUUCUUAUUGAUCAGUCGAUCUAGUUGGUUUAUUCAUCAGAGUUAGUCACUAUAUCAUGCCACAAUUGUGGCAUUACUUCAAUCAUUACAUGCUGAAUUAUAUCCCUCACCCCUGCUAACUCCAGCCCCCCUUACCGAAUCCUACCCCCACUCCCAAGAGAUACUCGAAACCACAUUCCAGGAGGAAAGUUUUCAUACCAUAAGGAAAGCAUUAGCUAACAUACAGCGUGUAAACGUUUUCUUUAUCACUCCUCGCAUAUAUGUUAUCUAGUUACUUGUUAGAAGAUAACGGUGCAUCUCGUAUCUUUUCUGUAGAAAACAAGUGGGCGUGGCUACUUUAGGAGGAUACCUUUACGCCAUCGGAGGUUGUGAUCACGGUCACAGGUAUGACACAGUGGAGAGAUACGAUCCUGGCAAAGAUGAGUGGGUGCCUGUGGCAUCGAUGAGUACUCCUCGCAGUGGAUGUGGAGUAGGAGUCCUGGACGGCUUUAUUUAUGUGGUUGGAGGAUACGAUGGGACUUCGUAUCUUAGUUCAGUUGAAAGGUAAGUUUGUUUGAGUAAGACUAGUUGACCAAUUAAUUGAAUUUUUUUAUCUAUAACAUAAAACUUCCUGACGGCAAGCACGGAUGAUUUGAAUAAAGCCAGGCGAAGUCCAUUCUGAAUUGAAAAUAUAAAGCUUUGAUAGUUUGUUACUAAUCUAUUCAUGAAGGAAGUAACCACGCAUAGAGAGAAUUACCACGCUCAGCCCUAGUUCUAUUUCGCCAAAUUGCAGCAGUCAUCCCAGUUUCAAUACAGUUCUGAUUUAGUGAAAGCAAAAUAUAUCCACAUACUAAUAUAUAUUGCACUUAGUCGAUUAGUCACAUGGUAUUGCAUCUUUGUCAUAAUGAAAAGCUACAGUAAUUGAUGUUUUUUUUACUUCUUAUUGGAAAUGUUGCAUCGUAUCAGGCGCUCGAGACGGGUUAGGACAAGAAUCCUGGUAAUAUACAUUUCAUUCUCUUGUUUGCCUGUGUUAAAACUAACACUCCAUAUCUUCUUCAUAUACUGUCAGAUACGACCCUUUAUCAAAUGAAUGGCACCAAGCACCACCUUUGAGUCAGCCAAGGGACUGUGUGGCAGUUUGUGUGGCAAGCUGUAAAAGGACUUUUCACAAUAAGAGACUUUUUGAUUCGACGUCAGCGAGUGCAAGACCGCAUACAUAAAAACGUUCUUUUAAACCUGGCUUCAGGUACAUUCAAAGAUAAUUGGUGUGUUUUAUCUGUCGUUUGUUCCUCACAAACGAAGAACGCCUUGAGUUGCGGUCUCAGUGGUGAUGGGAGAGUCACGUGGUACACAUGAUCGAAGUGCAGGUGUAAUAACAUUAAGUGAAAAAUACAUGGCUCACAGGAGCUGAGAGAACCACAGACGCAAAAGAAAGAGAAAUGGAUUAAUUAUAAUAGAGAACAGCGUAAUGAAUUGAAAGUAUGUGUAAACGCAAUGGUUAUUCUGACCUAUACUGUUAGGAAACAGUCAUCUCUGAGACUAAUCUCGGUACUCGUUUCGUACGAAGCGACUCAAUAACUUCUGAUACUGUAUGUGGCGCGAUCGAACUAAAAAUAUAUCCAAUUUACCGUAACAUAAAUUGAAGGUAUUUGACUCGAGAUAAAACAAGAAAAUGAAAGAGAAAAAGUCCUUCCUCCCUAAAGUCUUCGUUUUGUUUGUUCGUGUAGUACAGAGUAUUUUCCAAUUGUAGAUUUUAUAAAUUGGGUUUUGUGACUUGUGUCGAGUAAAGACACAUAGUGUGCAUAACGUUGACUACAGUUUCGUAGUUUCAGAAAUACUAUGACGAUUAUGAUUUAUCUUACUUCGAACAAUAUCGUAGAAAAAUUAUUACAGGGGAGAAAGUGACGUCGUCUUAGAGCCAUGAGAAGUUUUCUGAUUCAAUUUGAGGAAAGUUGCUUUCAAGCUUUUCUCUCUUUUCGGGGAAGGAAUUGAUAACUAUCAAUCAUCAAAAAUGUGUGUUGUGAAUUGCCUUAUAGGAAAACAAAACUAGCUUUAUAUUUAAACGACUUCGAUGAAAAACAAUUGAAUGAAGACGUGCAGCAAGGACUAGAUUCUACCUUAAUUAAUAAGAAUCUUUUUCUGUAGAGAGAAUGGACAUUUAUGCUUAUUGAAAAUCAUCCAUUAUAGCCCUCACGCAGUGUGUCUCAAGAAGAAUUGCUUCGUGACAGAAGCUAACUUAAUUUAUGUUUAGGAUUACAGACAGGACAAAUCAAUAGAAGAUUGUAAGAAGUAGCAGAAUGAACAAUACCGUUUAAAUAGGUUGUAGAUAGAUAGUGCACAUUCGUUUGAAAAGAACCCUAUUGAACAAGUUUCAUUGAAACGCAAAUAUUAUUGUCAGAUAUUUAUCCAUGAAAUACAG